ACCCAGCUGUGGGGCAUGAGCGCUAAUCAGCCGUUUACACAGGGAAACUUGUUACUCUUCAGUGGAAGGGAGUUGAAGAUAGAGGUUUGUUGGAUAUCGUUUCCGGAGCGUCAUUCAUGGCUGAAGCGCAGUACACUUGAGGACGUCCAGCAGUCAUGGGGGAUCAAUGGACUGGCUCAGGUGGGAGGGGAGUGAAAAGACAUCUUGGUGAGAGCCUGUGUCGUAGGAAGCUGCCAGCACUUUGCUCUAAGUUCAAGUUCCUGCUCCUGCUUUGUGUGCUGCUUCUCAUGAUGUUUUUCUCCAUGUCUGACGACUGUCAGUCAUUGUGGGACAGCUUCCCCCUUUAUGAACACUACCAGAAGUUGCUCAGUCAGACCAGACAGUUUUAUCUACCUGGUUCUAAUGUCACAGUCGCACCAAACAAAAUCUUUGAAACUACUAAUAUACCAUCUACUGUACCGCCUACUGUAGCAACAAUAGUAGCAUCUACUGCAGCACUGGCAGGGAUUCAGUACCACAAAGCCUACCCACGCAACUACCACUUUAUCAUGGAUAACACAGAGGUAUGCAAGAACCAGAUCCCUUUCCUGGUUUUGGUGGUUCCUGUGACGCCAACAAAUGUUGCAGCUCGGGAUGCAAUCAGGCAGACGUGGGGCAACAAGAGGCAGGUUCAGGGUGAGGUGGUGCUCACCAUGUUCAUGCUAGGAUCCUAUGGAGUAGUUAACGUGGAGCUGCAGGAGAAGCUCAAACAGGAGAAUGAGAAGCACCAUGACCUGAUCCAGAGCGACUUCAGGGACACUUACAAAAAUCUCACCAUCAAAACUAUGGUGAUCAUGGACUGGCUGGCCACACGCUGCCCUACAGCAGCGUACGCCAUGAAGAUCGACUCAGAUAUGUUCCUGAAUAUUGAUAAUCUAGUGAUCAUGCUACAGAAGCCAGGUAUCCCUAAGAUGAACUAUCUUACAGGGAUGCUAAUGUGGAACCGUCCAGUUGUGCGCUCGAAGAAUUCCAAGUGGUACGUCCCUGUGGAGAUGUACCCAGAGCCACAGUACCCACUGUACACUCUGGGCAUGGGAUACGUCUUCUCCAACGAUCUUCCAGAGAAAUUUGUGGAGGCGUCAAAGUCAAUCAAACCCUUCAACAUAGAGGACGCUUAUAUCGGAAUGUGCAUGAAGAAGCUGGGACUAAAACCCACAGGGCCGCCAAAUGCCUCCCAGUUCAAGGCCUACAACUCAAAAUAUAAUCGCUGCUCUUUCUCUAAAGCCAUCACCUACAUCCUCGGGUCCUCAAAGCAGCUGAUAAGCUUCUGGACUGACUUGAAGAAACCAGGACCCCCCUGUGGAUAAUAGCUGAAUAUGCACUAAGAACUCACUUGGGUGUCAGCGGUUGGGUGACAGGAUCAAGGAAAAUUAAUUUAUUUAUAGAUCUCGACUGUUCUAAUGAAUAGUUGUCAUUUUGUCCUCGUGAGGAUUGGGAUUAUCAUGUUUGUAAGAUCACAGCGGUUUCUGAACAACUGCAUUGUAAAAAAAGUGAAAGAUAUUUUUUUGACUUGUGUGUUUUUAUAACUCUUUUGGGUUGCUAACAAAACAACAUAAUAAAUUGAAUAUUUAUCUGUCCUGAUGUGAGAUGAUGUUAAAUGUGAAGGAGUGGAUUUAAAAGGUACACUGUGGAGUAAUGGAACAAUUUUUUUGAUGAGCAGGCCGCAGAGAUAACAAGUUGUGAUUGUCUGUUGUCCGAAUGUAAAUAUCUGCAAAUUGUAGGGUGUGCCAAUGUUUUGUUUAAACAAUUGAAAUCUAUGCAAGAUGUCAGAAACGCUGUCCUCAUUGUACCUCUAAGUUAAAAAGGAAGAAAAGCCAUUGACCUCUGUCAGAAGGUGUAAAAAUACUUAAAGAGUCUAUUUCAGGGUUGAAUGUAUUUUCUCAUAUUUAAAUAAUAAAUUAAAUAACUGAAUAAACUGUUGA